CUCUCUGCCACUUCUGCUUUGACAGGCUCAUUUUGCACGACGCGUCAUCCAUUGUUUAGCGGCAGCAAUAACUGAAAAAAACCUUUUAAGUUUCCACACUGGAGCUUCCGUUGAUAUACUUUAACGUUAAAUUCGUUAAGUAUUUGUUUUCUGUGUGAGGGCAGCUCGAAAAAAGGAAAGCGAAUUAUCCACUUAGCUAAUUGGUAGCUAACUGUUAGCCUGUGACGUUGUUAGCUAAAACAACAGCCGCGGAGGAAUUAGACAGCCUGUUUAUGUUUUCGCCACUUCAGAGACAUGUUGGACGGAUCUACCGCUCAUGGCGAUGAAGCCAACAUCGGCAACGUCGAAAAUAACAACCCGAUAUCGCUGAUUUCCAGCAGCGAUGUGACGAACAAAACGAAGCAGGUUCUGCUGAAGAAAGGCGGAAGGAAGCUGCGGAACGCAGCGCCGCUGCACCACCACAAACCCCCGAGAAACUGCCCCAACAGCCGCCUGUCGGACCACCACCACCACCACAGCAACAACAACACCCUGACGGCCUCGACUGGUCACAGACCCGCAUCUCAGGUCGGAACCGAGCCCGGUGAGACCGUGCUCACCCUCCAUCCCCUCAAACAUGGAGCCAGGAAAGAGCUGCUGAAAUUUAAAGGUGGCAGAUUGGAGCGAGGGGCUGCACAACCAGGGGGUCAAGCUAACCGCAGCCUGCCUAAGCAUGAUCAGACCAACCAUAAUGUGAACACCAGGAGCCACAAGCCCAAGCAGAGCCAAACACCUGGUGUGGCUCACCCCACAAAGAAGAAAGAUAACAGCACACCUAAUAAACCCACCUCCGUCCAUCAGGCUCAAGAGCAGAAAAAGCCCCUCCACCCCUCCAACAACGUAAAGAUUGUGAAUGCACUGCCUGCUGAAGCUGCACCUGAAUACCUCAAAGAUGGUGAGAAGGUCUAUGCUGGAGCUAAGUUCAGUGAGCCACCCUCACCCAGUGUCUUACCGAAACCGCCCAGCCACUGGGUCGAAGAAGAUGAGCCUAUUAAGAGCAACCAAAGCCGGGAGCAAAUGACUGUUCAUUUGAAGUCACUGUUGAAGGUUCAGGAUGCAUCAUGACCACAAUUUGGAGUUUCAAAUCAGAGCUGACCUAUAGUGUCUGCUCUGCGAUUAACCUUUAAUACCCACAAUUGGAAAAUUAAAAUGGAAAGUUAAAUGUAGUUUGGCCCUUUUAACACACUGCAAUACAAUGUAGGGAGUUUUAUUCACUGUAGUACAAUUUCCCGUUAGCCAACAUGCUGCCUGCAUUUGUGAACAUUUUGUGCACGUUGUGUUGUUGCUGGAAAUCUGACUGACAUGCUGUGUAUGUCAGAUGUUUAUCAGAUACUUCCUGACUUCUGGUAAGCUGAUAAAUGACUGAAAGGUUUUUUGUCACUCAGUUAGUGAGAUUGUGCAAAAGUGAUCUGAAGUCGCCUCCAGCAGCAAAACAAUCAGUGUCUGAUGUUUACGUCAUGCAAAGUGAUGACGGCACUUUCUUUGUGAACACUUUGGAAAUGGCAGCCAUGUGUUUGACUUUUUAAAGCACUUGUGUAAAUGUACAUAAUCUAUUGUAAACACACAUUUGUGUAUAUUUUCUUGUUAUUUUAACUGAGAUUCUAGUUUUGUUACUGAGGUUUUUCCAGAAAAGAGAAAAAAAUAGUCCCCCUGCGAACUGAGGCACUUUGUUACAGCUUCAUCAGCAUGAGGCACAGUGGAUGUAAGAGACUGUUUUCAGUGUAAAUCAGUUAGAGCAAUCAGGAAGGGCAGGACACCUUGUUUUGAUGUUCCAAAGCUUGACCAGCCACUUUGAUGAAUUCACCAGCCAGCUUAGAGCACAGGAGAGGACUUCCACGUUCUGGCAGUGUACCUUUCAAAAGGCUUGGAAAGUGGACUAAUCAAAAAUGGGGGGGGGGGGAGA